CGGCGCCCGAAGGACCCCGGUGGCUACCCAUGCCGAGGUGAGUCCGCGGUUGUCGCCGCCGCCGUUCCCGUCCUCGUCUCGUCGCCGCCGCCGCCGCCCCGUGCGGCCCCGCCGCCGGCCAGGAUGUUGGAAGAAGCGGGCGAGGUGCUGGAGAACAUGCUGAAGGCGUCGUGCCUCCCGCUGGGCUUCAUCGUCUUCCUGCCCGCGGUGCUGCUGCUCGUGGCGCCGCCUCUGCCGGCCGCCGACGCCGCGCACGAGUUCACGGUGUACCGCAUGCAGCAGUACGACCUGCAGGGCCAGCCGUACGGCACCCGGAAUGCGGUGCUGAACACCGAGGCGCGCACGGUGGACGCGGACGUGCUGAGCCGCCGCUGCGUGCUCAUGCGGCUGGUGGACUUCUCCUACGAGCAGUACCAGAAGGCCCUGCGGCAGUCAGCGGGCGCCGUGGUCAUCAUCCUGCCCCGCGCCAUGGCCGCCGUGCCCCAGGACGUCGUCCGGCAAUUCAUGGAGAUCGAGCCCGAGAUGCUGGCCAUGGAGACCAUCGUGCCUGUGUACUUUGCCGUGGAGGACGAGGCCCUGCUGUCCAUCUACGAGCAGACGCAGGCGGCCUCUGCUUCUCAGGGCUCCGCCUCCGCCGCGGAAGUGCUGCUGCAUACGGCCACUGCCAAUGGCUUCCAGAUGGUCACCAGUGGGGUGCAGAGUAAGGCUGUCAGCGACUGGCUGAUCACCAGCGUGGAGGGGCGGCUGACGGGGCUGGGCGGAGAGGACCUCCCCACCAUCGUCAUCGUGGCUCACUACGACGCCUUCGGUGUGGCCCCCUGGCUGUCGCUCGGCGCAGACUCGAAUGGGAGCGGCAUCUCUGUGCUGCUGGAGCUGGCCCGCCUCUUCUCCCGCCUGUACACCUACAAGCGCACGCACGCCGCGUACAACCUGCUGUUUUUUGCCUCCGGAGGGGGCAAGUUCAACUACCAGGGCACCAAGCGCUGGCUGGAGGACAACCUGGACCACACAGACUCCAGCCUGCUGCAGGACAACGUGGCCUUCGUCCUGUGCCUGGACACCGUGGGCCAGGGCAGCCGGCUGCACCUCCACGUGUCAAAGCCGCCACGCGAGGGGACCCUGCAGCACGCCUUCCUGCGGGAGCUGGAGACGGUGGCCGCCCACCAGUUCCCCGAGGUGCGCUUCUCCAUGGUGCACAAGAAGAUCAACCUGGCCGACGACGUGCUGGCUUGGGAGCACGAGCGCUUCGCCAUCCGCCGCCUGCCGGCCUUCACCCUGUCCCACCUGGACAGCCACCGCCACGGGCAGCGCAGCAGCAUCAUGGACGUGCGGUCCCGCGUGGACUCCAAGACGCUGACCCGCAACACGAGGAUCAUCGCCGAGGCGCUGACGCGGGUCAUCUACAACCUCACGGAGAAGGGGACACCCCCAGAUAUGCCGGUGUUCACUGAGCAGAUGCAGGUGCAGCAGGAGCAGCUGGACUCGGUGAUGGACUGGCUGACCAACCAGCCCCGCGCGGCGCAGCUGCUGGACAAGGACGGCCCGUUCCUCAGCACGCUGGAGCACUUCCUGGGCCGCUACCUGAAGGACGUGCGGCAGUACCACGUGAAGGCGGACAAGCGGGACCCCGAGUUCGUCUUCUAUGACCAGCUGAAGCAGGUGAUGAACGCAUACAGGGUGAAGCCGGCCAUCUUUGACCUGCUGCUGGCCGUGUGCAUCGGUGCCUACCUGGGCAUGGCCUACACGGCAGUCCAGCAUUUCCACCUGCUCUACAAGACUGUGCAGCGCAUCCUGCUGAAGGCCAAGGCCCAGUGAGCGCUGCCCAGCGGCCCCACCACGCCGGAGCGCCACACCAGAGCUGUUCCACGCCGUGCUCCAGGAACUGGGGGCGUCUGUCUCUUUCCCUUCCCUUGGGUUUCCUCGGAGGAGAGCCUGGUGGGGGCCCAGGGCCUGGCAGCCCGGAUGAGUCCGGCGCAGUAGCCGCCCCCCCCAGCCCUGCCAGCCCCCCCCCAACUGGACUGGUAUUUAUCUCUUCCCCACGCCUGUGGGGUGGGGCCGGAGUGACCAUCUCUGUGCAGGCUCCUGGCCUGUCUCCUCCUGAACCCCGUGUCUGACAACAGCAGGCUGGGGUUCCCCCCUGAGCCAGAUUCCCCCCCCACACACACACUGGCCUCCUGCCUGCGCCCACCCCGCUUCCCCCCAGGCUGUCCCCAGUGCUUGUGAGUCUGCCUGCCUGUCCCCCCACAGCCUCAGCUUUCCAGGCCCCGUCCCCACGGCUUCCCGGAUGUCUGUCCCCCCCCUGCACCCGGUGCAAAGGGGGGGGUCACGAGGGGCCCCGGAGCCCCCACCCGGGCGAUCGGGCUGAGCCAGCCCCUCUGUGCACCCCAGGAGUGACGGCCAGGCCGGGUGGAGGGGGGCGGGGGGGCAGCUGACACCAGGACUGGCUCGGGCCCCUCCCCGGGACCUGCAGCGCCCGCUCGGGGCGCCCCCACACACUUUGGGAGGGGUUGUGGGGGGGCUCCAGCACUAAAACUGACCUCAGGGAGACCACGGCGUUCACCUAUUCGUUAGCAAUAUAAUCAGUGCAGUGUUCAGGGGAUGCGGGGUGAGC